CUUAGGGCGAUAAAUUGCUGGAUUAUUACACCCGUAAUUAUGAUAUAGAUUUGUCUCUUAUGAGAAAAGAAUUAAAGGAGAAACUCUAGCACUAAACUGUCUGACUUGGUUAUGUCAUCUUUAUAAUUUCAUUGUCCUCGACUCUCUUUGUUAUUCUUGAAAUUUUCAUUGCGUUGCAUUACCUUCCUCUUUUAUUUCUUUUUUUCUUAGUCUCAGCUGUUUACGUUUGUGUAAGGUUGUUGAUUCUGAACUUUGAAUUAUAAAUUUCGAUGAUUUUGUUUGGCUUCUUAAGUAUUAUCGUAAAGCGAUGUUAUUCCUGAAGUAUUCUUACAUUUCAACUACAGUAGAAGAUAAGAUUUGAAGUUUCAAGAGAUUGGGUCGUGGCAUGCCUUACUGGUGGGAGUGCGAGGUCUAUGGCAGAACAGGGUAGACAAGGGGGUCCGCAUAACCUCAAUCACCCAACCCCUGAUAGCACGCCCACCGACAGUGUUGGGCGUGGGUUGAAAGCGGGUAGGGGAAGGAAGAGACGAAGUACAACUGUUGGUGAGUCUUCUAAUAGUGACAAUAAGAAGCUUCGUUUAUUACAAGAAACUCCUCUACCUUCUGCUUCAAGCAAUCCUGUUACUUCAGGUCAAAAGAAAAAGAGUUUAUCAGGGUUAUCUACAAAAAAAAGUACAGCCAGUGAACAAGCAUUACAGAAAUCCUCAAAUUCUGAUUUAUCAUUAGGGAAUCCAGUGAUAUUGCGUAGUAAGAGUCCAAGAAUCAAAACAAAGUCAUUUGCGUCUAUUGCUAACCUUGAGAAAGUAGGCAAAGUGUCUCAGAAAUCAGAUAAAAAAAUCUCAGGUGAUCCAUCGCUUAAUUUGAAUCAAGGAGAAUCUACAUCAAGUGGAAAACAUAGUGAGAAAAAUUUAAGAAAAGGCAGUCUGAAACGUGAUACAUCAUUAGGUGAGGCGAGUAGUAGUGGCGUUGUUGUAAAAAAGUUACUUAAUCGAUAUUCUCUUCGCUCACAAGCUAAAGGCUCUCGUCAUCAAGAAUCGAGGCACAAAAAAAGUGCGUCAGUUGACCAUUCAGGUGGAGUAGGGUCUAGUAGCAGCGAAAGCGGAGAAAAGGACAAUAAAGGCCAUAGACGUACAUCAGCAACCACGGGAUCCUGUACUUCUACCAGUGUAUUUUGUUGCAGUAGGAGGUGGGGAGGUGGUGGAGGAGGCGGAUCGAAUAGUACUAGUAAAGGAGAUUGCGCCACUAUGGCUGAGGAACAGCCCCCUCCGUGUGACAAUCCUACUCCUUCAGGUACAGGAAAUGGUAAUGUUGGAGGUGGAGGAGUGGAUUCAGAAAGCGAUGAUUCCGAAGUAGGUCGCCUUCAGGCAUUAUUAGAGGCCAGGGGGCUGCCACCCCACCUUUUCGGAGCUCUUGCUCCUCGUAUGCACCACCUGCUUCACCGCACAAUUGGCACUAACACUAGCACAAAAGCUCAACAGUUACUCGUUGGGCUUCAAGCAACUUCUGAUGAGGGACAGCAAAUGCAGGCAGUAAUUGAAAUGUGCCAAAUGUUGGUGAUGGGAAAUGAAGAUACAUUAGCUGGUUUUCCUGUAAAGCAAGUUGUCCCUGCAUUAAUAGCCCUCCUGAAUAUGGAACAUAAUUUUGACAUGAUGAAUCAUGCAUGUCGUGCACUCACCUAUAUGAUGGAAGCCUUACCUAGGUCAUCUGCUGUUGUAUUAGAUGCUGUACCUGUUUUUCUAGAAAAACUCCAAGCAAUCCAAUGCAUGGAUGUUGCUGAACAAUCACUAACAGCUCUUGAAAUGUUGUCACGUCGCCAUAGCAAAGCCAUUUUGCAAGCUCGUGGUGUAUGGGCUUGCCUUAUGUAUUUAGACUUUUUUUCCAUUAAUGCACAGAGAUCUGCUCUUGCUAUUACGGCAAACUGUUGUCAUAAUUUGUUACCUGAAGAGUUGCAUUUAGUUUCACAAUCUAUACCGCUAUUAGCUAGCCGUCUUACUCAGCAGGAUCAAAAAAGUGUUGAAAGCGUUUGCUUGGCUUUAAGUCGAUUGGUAGAAGGAUUGCAGUCAGACCCACCGAAACUUAUGCAGAUAGCUAGCACCGAGCUUUUAACUAAUCUUCAGCAAUUGCUUGUGGUUUCUCCUCCUUUAAUCAACACUGGGACAUUUAUUACUGUUGUCCGUAUGCUUACUAUCAUGUGUGCUAACUGUCCAGAGUUGGCUCUUACCCUUUUAAAAAACAAUAUUGCAGAAACGUUAUGUUAUCUUCUUACUGGUAGAGCUGACACUUCUCAGGGAGAGAUGGAAUUAACUGGUCGUUCACCUGCUGAAGUUUAUGAAAUGACUUGUCUUAUUGGAGAGCUGAUGCCUCGUCUUCCACAAGCUGGUCUUUUUGCUGUGGACAGUCUUCUCGAGCGUCCAUCACCUCGUUCUCCUCCGACAGACUCAGUUUCAUGGCAAUGGAGGGAUGAUGCUGGUCUUUGGCAUCCAUAUACGCCAAUAGAUUCACGCAUAAUAGAGGCAGCGCACCAAACUGGUGAAGAUGAAAUGUCUUUGUCAACUUUUGGAAGAACUUAUACUGUUGACUUUCAUAACAUGCAGCAGAUAAAUGAAGAUACUGGGACAUCUAGGCCUGUGGAAAGAAGGCUAAUUCGACCUCAAGCUCUGUCUCAAUCCCAGGCAGUCAACAAUAAUACAAGUCCAAAUCAAGAAAAUGAGAUAGAUGCUAAUUUGAGAGAUGUUGCUGGUGCUUUUAUUCGUUCUCUUUUCUCUGUGCUUUAUGAAGUCUAUUCAAGUUCUGCCGGCCCUGCUGUUCGGCAUAAAUGCCUAAAAGCGUUAUUACGCAUGGUUUACUUCGCUUCUCCUCAACUUCUUAAGGAAGUCUUAAAAGCACAAAUGGUAUCAAGCCACUUGGCUGGUAUGAUGGCAUCUACUGAUCUGAGGAUUGUAGUUUCUGCUCUCCAAAUGGCCGAAAUACUUAUGCAAAAGCUCCCUGAUGUUUUUAAUGUCCACUUUACCAGAGAAGGGGUAAUACAUGAAAUAAAACAGCUUGCUGAUCCUAACAUUCCAAUUGGUGCUUCUCCUUCUAAGACAACUCCUGCUUCUACAUCACCUACAGAUUCGGCAUCAACUCCAGGUCCGUCAACAGCUGCUGUUUCUCCUCCAAAUGGUACUGUCUAUACUAGAAUAAGUUCUGGUGGGAACGUUGCUGCUACAACUAACUGCAAUCCUACUGAUGAUACGAUCAGUGUAGAAGAUGAUGAUAUGCCUUUAAGCGACUGUUCUCCAAUUACUCGCUCAAGUCAUCAUGAUUAUGAGUCUGAAAUAGGGCUUAGAACGUCUGUAUUUAGGAGAAUGCGGGAAUUGAGAAAACAGAAAAGAAGUUCUAAAAGAGAAAAGCAUAAGCAAGAGCCUGAUAUGUCAUCAAAUAUUCAGGAACUUAUCGCCAAACAUAAGCAGCAUUCAAAUAGUUUGGGCCUUCAAGGUAGUAGAGGUACAAGGUCUCGUUUGAGCGGAGCUACUUCUAAGACAAGUAAUUUUCUCGCAUCUCUUAAUCCUGCUCGAUGGGGAAGAACCAGUGAUAGAACAGGAUAUCAUAAAGUAUCAUUUCAUAAGGAGUCACCUCUAGCAAAGUGUUCAAGUUCUUCAAAUCUGUGGGCAGGCAAUCGUGAGAAGGUGCGAAGCUGGGUUAAAGAAAGAGCUGCUAAAUUCAUUGCAAACUAUGUUAGUCUUGAAAGUAGUUGCUCUCAAGAUCCAUCUAGGAUUUUGGAAACUCUUACAAAAGCGAUUAAUACUCUUCAGUCAGCUCAUGGAGACAAAAUGAACGCUUUAAUAGAGUUACGAGACACAGUAAUGGGUUGUGAUAUUUCUCCAUUUGAAGUUAAUCACUCUGGUCUUGUCAAGGCUCUUUUGGAUUAUCUUACGCUGAAGUCAGAAAAUCGUGAACAGAGAAUACGAACAUUCCUACAUGUAUUUGCUAAUUUUCCCUUGGAAAACACCGGGCGAGAUUCUUCUUUUGUUGAUCCCACAUGCUUACAGAUACUCGUGUCUAAGUUGAAUAGCUGUAUUUCACAGUUAGAACAAUUUCCUGUGAAAGUUCAUGAUCUACCUGCUCCAGCAGGUUCCACUACAGCUUUGAAAUUUUUUAAUACUCAUCAACUAAAAUGUCAACUUUCACGUCAUCCAGAUUGCACUAGCUUGAAACAAUGGAAAGGCGGAACAGUGAAAAUAGACCCAUUGGCUUUAGUGCAAGCAAUCGAGAGGUAUUUAGUUGUCCGAGGUUAUGCUAAGGUGCGAGAUAAACAUUCUACUGCUUCAGAUGAUGAUAAUUCUGAUGAUGAAUUUGAUGAUACUUUAGUUGGAAUGGUAGUUGGAAGUGCUCGACAUAAGUUGCAAUUUCUCAUCAACGAUGUCGUGCUCCCCUACAAUAUGACAGUUUAUCAAGCUGUUAGGCAGUUCUCCCCUGCUGCGUCUUCAGAUCAGUCUGAAACGGAUACUGAUACUGAAGCACCUCUUGGGUCUGCCAAUAUUUGGGUGCAUACACACACUGUUCAUUAUAGGCCUGUCAUUGAAGAUGAAUCAGUCAAUAAAGCUGCUACUAGUACUAAUACUAGCAGUACAAGUGCCAUCCCUCGUAAAGGAAAAGGUUCAAAUUCAAAGACUGCACCCCGAAAAAAACAUGAUGAAUUGUGGAAUGAUGGAAUUAUCCCUCUUAAACCAUUUCCAUUAGACCGAUAUCUUGUUAAUGAUUUAUCAACAAAAGUAACUACAAAUGAUACUUCACUUCCAGUCCUUUGUCUUUUAAAUGCUCUUCAUGCUAUUACUGUGCAUUGGCCGGUUCUUUAUCCUGCAAUUGAAGGAACUCCUAUUCUUUACCAACAGGAGUUUGUGAAUAACAAAAUUGCAGCAAAAGCUGGUCGACAACUUCAAGAUCCUCUAGUUAUAAUGACUGGAAAUCUGCCAUCUUGGUUACAACAAAUAACUUCAGCUUGCCCAUUUUUACUUCCAUUUGAGACAAGGCAAUUACUUCUUUAUGCAACUGCAUUUGAUCGGGACAGAGCUCUACAAAGAUUAUUGGACUCCAGUCCAGAAUUGGGUGGUGGCAAUGAUUCUCAGGAGAGAGUAACUCCUAGACUUGAUAGAAGGAAAAGAACUGUUUCAAGAGAUGACAUUUUGAAACAAGCCGAAUCUCUUCUUCAAGAUAUGGCCACCAGUAAAGCCUUACUUGAAGUCCAAUAUGAAAACGAGGUAGGAACAGGAUUGGGUCCUACACUCGAGUUCUACGCUUUGGUUUCACGAGAAUUGCAACGAGCAGACUUGGAAUUGUGGCUUCUUGAAGGAGGAUCUGAUACUUCUGGUUAUGUUCAUUCACCAGUUGGUCUGUUUCCUGCCCCUAUUCCACGGACUACUCGUGUUUCUCAAUUGAUGAAGCUCAGGAACAAAUUUCGUUUUAUCGGUAGAUUUAUGGCAAAAGCAGUCAUGGAUUCAAGAAUGUUGGAUCUACCUCUUAGUCAAACAUUCCAUCGUUGGCUGUUAGGUGAAGAGGCCUGCCUAGGGCUGGCAGAUUUAGCUCAUGUUGUGCCAUCAGUUCACAGGACACUUGUUAGAUUAAUGUCAGUAGUAGCACAAUUCAACGAACUUUCAUCUUCUAGUAUAUUGUCUGAAGAUGAGAAAAAAACAAGGGUUGAGGCCUUAAAUCUAGAUGGAUGCCCUAUUGAGAAUUUAGGUCUUGACUUUACUCUUCCUGGCUAUCCUCAAAUAGAAUUGAGGAAGAAUGGUCGAGAAUUAAAUGUCACAUCAUAUAACCUGGAGUCUUAUUGCAAGUUAGUUGUGCACUGGUUCUUGGUAGAGGGAGUACAAAGGCAAAUGGAAUGUGUACGUGAAGGAAUGCAGUGUGUAUUUCCUACAUGGCAUUUAGGUCUGUUUUACCCUCAAGAGUUGGAUGCGAUUUUUUGUGGCUCUGGGUCUGAUUGGGAUAUUUCAUCUCUGGUUGAGUCUUGUCGCCCUGAUCAUGGUUAUACACAAUCUAGUCGUGCAAUUAAAUUUCUGUUUGAAAUAUUAGCAUCUUAUACAAAGCAGGAACAAAGAGAUUUUGUGCAGUUUGUUACUGGUUCACCAAGACUUCCUGUUGGGGGUUUCAAAUCUUUAAGCCCUCCUUUAACUAUUGUGAGAAAAACAAUGGAUGGCAAUAUGAAUGCUGAUGAUUAUCUUCCUUCUGUGAUGACCUGUGUUAACUACCUCAAACUUCCUGAUUACUCUUCGAUUGAGAUCAUGAGGGAGAAACUAGCUACUGCUGCUAGGGAUGGUCAACGUUCCUUUCAUCUAUCCUAGUCUCAGAUUAAAAGUUAUGUCUUGCUUCUUCACGAUAGAGAGCUUCUGUUCUUCUUGCUUUGCUGUUACUUCCGAUGUAUGAAGUGAUAGGAUAAGAAGCAUUAAAGUGGACUGAAAAGUGUUUCUAUGGUGAUCAUUAUUUAAAUACCAAGUAUUUAUAUAUCGUCGAUCUCGCUCUUAACAAACUUUGAUGAACUUUAGUUAUAUAUAGUAUAUAUAUGUAUAUGUGUUAAUAUAUAUACAUAUAUGUACUUUUAUAAAUAAACUUAUGUAUAUACAUAUAUAUUCUUUGUGUAUAUAUGUAUAUGUAUAUAUACAUAUAUAUAAUGCGUUAGUUACAGUAUAGUCUUAACCUAUUUCUAUGAACAUUUUAAAAUGUGGGAUUAAACCCUCUAUUGUAUGUGUUAUAUUUUAUGAGCCUUACAUUUUAACCGACAACAAUCACUCUGUGUAUUGAAUUUGUUUUAAUAUGUAAGGCUUUACAAAAAAAAAAUAAUAAUAAUAAAAAAAAUGUAUGUACCGAAUAUUGCUAAAAAGAGAUUUGUAGUAGUUUUUUUACUAUCUCAAUGUUGUUGAUUUUGUUUAAUAUAUUUUUUUCUUGAAUAUAUAUUUGGGUUGAUGUCGGGGUUUGGAAAUGAAACUGAGUCCUUCGUAAGAAAAUGUGUAAAUACAACAUUAAAAAUAUUAAAUAGGGGAUUAUAAGAUUACUUACAAUAUUAACGUAUAAAAGCCGUCACAACCAAUAUAAAAAAGUAAGCUGCAAGUAUAUAUUUUAACCAUCAUAAAUAUAGUCCCUGGUAUAAAUAAAAGUAAUUCAGUUGAUAAUGUCACAAAGGCAUUUAUUUACUUAUACCUCAUAUUACAUUAUUAGUGAAUUCUGCUGCUUAUAGCGAUUGAAUGGAUUUACUUGUAAAAUUUCUUGAGAUAUUUUAAAUGUUAGAAUAAAGUUGUAAUUUUGAAAUAAGAAUUUAUUCUGUAUUGGGAUAAAUUAUUUAAUUUAAUUUUUACCUUAUGAAGUUGGGAAAUGCAAUAGGUUCUUGUAUCGUUACCUUGUAGGCUGAUUAGCUAAAGAUUUUAUUUCAGUUCUUCUAAUACCAAAUGACUAGUAUACUUGUUAAUAUAAUUAAAUGAAACAUCUUGGUGUAAAUUCCAUGUCAAGAUAGUUGUUUUAAGUUUUUAUAUCAUUUAACCUCAUCAGUCAACUAAAUUUAUUUCAUGUUGAUGACUGUUAUGUGUUCUGGAAAUAUUUAUUAAUGAUUUUAUUCCAUGUGUAUCACUUUUGUGAAUAUUAUUAUUUCAUUUCAGAAGCCUUUAUUUUUCUUUUCUUUUUUUUUCUUUGAACAUUGUUAUAAUUAUAGUUUUACUCCACUUUACUCAGUAACAGUUCCAAAUUCCUCAAAUUGUAUAUUUAUAUAUUUGUAUUAGGCAAUAUGUUUGUUGUCUUUCAGUAGGACCAGACUGAUUCAGAAUCGCUCACCUAUUUUUACAUAAAUAUUUUGUUUGUGAAUAUCAGUGGACUAAUUUUCUUUUAUAACUUAAUUUUAUGUUUGUACAAAGUUCAAAUAAAAUUACAUUUAUUCACACUGUUUUUUUUAUUAACAAUUCAUAUGCCUCCUUUCUAUAGUUUUUAAUGUUUCAAUGCUU